UGGGGUCAGAAGGAGAUUGAGGGCUGGGUUGGGUUGGACAUAUUCAGCUGGUAAAAGUUUCGUGCGCUUUUCUCUGGGCGUAAUUUGGACAGUGCGUACGGGGAGCGCUAAUUAAUCAUCGAAAAACAUUCGUAAUGUUUGACUAAACGCUUAAAGCAACUACAAGUUCGCUAAAUGCAAACUAAUCGCCUGUGUUGUGUUUAUGUUUUCGGACUGUAGCCAUGAUGACUCCAAACUAGCUAUCGGGCUAAACGCUCCGAAAUGGACUCGGGUCUGAGUGUCAUUGCGAAUCUAGAUCCAGAUUUCAGGAUGAAGCCGAAGUCUAAUCGGUCCAGAAUCGAUUCGGAUUAACGAUGCUCUCUAGAAAGAAGAGUAAAAACGAAGCGUCAAAGCCAGCAGAAGUUCAGGGCAAAUAUGUGAAGAAAGAAACGUCCCCUCUUCUGAGAAAUUUGAUGCCCUCUUUUAUCCGGCAUCCGACAUUUCUUCGCCGUGAGCCCCCGUUAGUGGAGCCGGUUCCGGCCGGAGUGUCUGGUGCAGGUCCGUAUUCCUCUGCAUCUGUUGGGGAUGUUAGCGGCCCCAAGAGUUUCCUGCGUAAUGCCCCUCCACGCACCCCUCUUGAGGUGUCACGCAGGGAGAGCCAUCGCCUGUCUGCCCCGCCACACCUUCAUCGCGAUUAUUCUCCUUCCUCACCAUCUUACAUGAGCGAUGCUAGUUCGGUAACGGAGAAUGGAGACAGCGGCCCUUAUUACUACCCUCCAGAGCCGUACUACAAUAACCAACCCAGACGAGCACGCAGACCAGACCACUUUAAUGAGAACUACAGGUACUAUGAGCACAAUGAACUCAACUACCCACGAAACCCAGGACAGUCCCAGACACCCCAGCCACACAGUCGCCCACCCCCAGCAAUUGGCCGCGUACCAGCAAAGUCUGUGGGUAAUCUGACGACCGUGAGCGGGGACGAGGUGGCUCUUCCUCCAGGCUGGACUGUUGAUUGGACGAUUCGAGGCAGGAAGUAUUACAUCGAUCACAACACAAACACCACUCACUGGAGCCACCCGCUAGAGAGGGAGGGGCUUCCACCAGGCUGGGAGAGGGUGGAGUCAGCUGAGUUUGGAGUGUAUUAUGUCGACCACAUCAACAAACGUGCCCAGUACAGACACCCCUGCGCGCCCAGCGUGCCACGUUAUGACCAGCCCCCUCCCCCGCCGGUUACCUAUCAGCCCCGCCCACCAGAACGCAACCAGCCCGUACUGGUACCGGCAAACCCGUAUCACACAGCCGAGAUCCCAGACUGGCUGCAGGUGUAUGCCAGAGCACCGCUAAAGUAUGACCACAUCCUGAAGUGGGAACUUUUCCAGUUGAUGGAUCUGGACACGUAUCAGGGGAUGCUGAAGCUGCUCUUCAUGAAGGAGCUGGAGUGCAUCGUUAAAUCCUAUGAAGCAUAUCGCCAAGCGCUGCUCACCGAACUCGACACGCGCAAACAGCGGCAGCAGUGGUAUGCCCAACAGCCAGCCAAAAACUUUCCUCCCAACAUGUGACUCGUGUGAGACACCCCAGCAUUAUCAGUGCCUUAGCUGCUGAUGCAGACUCUCAUUUACUCCCUUAAACAGCUCCAAAUAUAAGCCCAAAGAGAGACACUGUUGGGAACUUUACACUAUUACUUCUAUAUAGCUUAUCAGCCAUUAUACGGCUGUGUGUGUUCUGAGUCUAUGCUUGGUUUUGACUGUGUUUGAAUGUGUUUGCACAUGUUGAAAGUGUGUGUUUCUUUGUGCAUGUCAAGACUGUCAGGACUCACUUCUGCAUUGUCAUUUUGGACAAUCACAGCUAUCAGUUAUCAAUGUUUUAUUGUUUAAUCAGACUCUAUUUUCAAUUACAAUUUUGCUUUUAGGGGGAAUCUCUUUAAGAAACUCAUCCAGGUCACAUCUCACCUCAGAAAUUUAAAAAAAGGAAUUUAUAGUUUGCAUAAAGAAAAUGAAGCUUGUUUAAGGGUUAUUUAAAUCAGGACAAAUGAACGGUUUUACAUCAGAUAUGAUCAUGACGUGUACUUAAAUAAUAAAAGUUGCUAGUUUUUGCAUACAGUAAUGAGAGGGGUUUCUGCAUUAAUUAUGUUGAUUUUAAAAAUAAUGCAGUAAUCUUCAUGGUGCUUAAUUUUCUUCAAGUAAAAUAUAUAUUCUUGUUUUUUGGGUGGGUGAAAUUUGACUUGGACAUUUCUGUGAGGUUCGUCCUUUAAGGUUUGGGUGGAUUCCUUUUUUAAGGAAUUUGCUUUUUAUAUUUAAAGAUGAAACUUUCAGGCAGAGUCGUCACUUUGAAUGAAGUGAUUGAGCCUACGGCAUUUAUUUUUUUCAGGAGGUUAUUGCCUGUAUUUUUCAGUUAUUAUGUCUGUUUGUAAAAUCUAUUUUGAGCAUCAACACUAAAUAAACCAGGACCUUGUAUUGUUUGUGUGUCUGUAUGAGAUGUUCAUUACGUUUGUCUUCCCAAUUAAAGUUGAAAAUGCUUUA